AUUUCAGUUUCUUCACUAUAUAAAUGUUAACUCCAAUAGAAUAACAUGAAUUAGAUACGGUCCAAAUGUGCAUUGCCAUAGAAACGGGCUGUCGCGUAGGUCUACUAGACCGGGACUCGCAAAGGUCUUAAUUAUCAGACUUUGUGCUGGUGCAUUUUACACGUGAGUUGGAGCUGUUCCGACCGUAGUCGCGCGUGCGCUGUGCGCUCUCGUACAAACGACUCGCAAAGUGGCAGUUCAGGAAACUAGACAUCAUUCUAAAGUGCAGCACUAUCCAGAACACUCGCCGUGCAACAUAUUCCCAAAACCUUCUCUGCCUGCUGGUUUUGGAAUAACAAACACUGUAAAGACGAAGAGGAAUACCAACAGGAGACAAGUUAUGGAUGAAAGAAUACCGCGUCUGCAGGACAGACAAUUUAUGGAUCAUGCCGAUUUCUUAGGGUAAUUUAAUUAUUUCAUUUUUAGGACGGUAUAGGGCUAUGUCCAUAAACGAUUAGAUGUACACCAUUUUUACCUUUAUACCUAUGUAACUAACCUGCCCUUUUCAUUUUGUCAGGGUGGAAUACUCCUCACUCUACAUGUGUAAAUCGAAAAGAGGACUGAAGCGCGAAGAUGGCAAGGUAUGCGCGCGUUUUGUCUUGUUUGUAGCUAAAAAAAAUGUCUGAUAGGUAAAACAUCCUUGUAGGAAAACUGUCUUGACUCUGUUGUACUUGUUGUAGAUUUGAUCUAAUGUUAUCAUUCAUUUCUGUGGUCCUAAUCAAAUGUAUGUUAUAAUUCCCAGGACGCGUACAAGUUACCACACCGAUUGAUAGAGAAGAAGAGGAGAGACAGAAUCAAUGAGUGUAUCGGACAGUUAAAGGAUUUGUUACCGGAACAUCUCAAACUGACGGCAAGCUUUUGCGAUUAAGAAGUGAUUUGUAUAGCCUAUUUAUUGUUUUUUAUUGUUUUGAUGAAUGAUUGUUGAGUUAACUGAUCUCGUGUUUUCCACUCAGACGCUCGGGCAUUUGGAGAAAGCGGUUGUUCUUGAGUUAACUUUGAAGCAUUUAAACGCUUUGACUGCAGUCACUGAGCAGCAGCACCAGAGGAUUGUGGCUUUGCAGAAUGGUAAGUUGUUGUUGCAUAACCUCCAAUGACUAUUCAAAGAUUCAUGAUAGGCUAGAGUCGAUGAAUUCUGUAUUUUGGCUUCUUUGGGUUUGGAUAGGCUAUGCGUAAAAGUUAUUGUAGCCAUCAAAUUUGAUAUUGUUGUGUUCUCCUAAUUAGGUACAAUUUAAUUCAGACAAUUAAGUUGUCGUUUCUAACUUUAAAUGCAUGUUUUCCAGGGGAUCUAUCGAUGAAAAUGCCCAUUCGCGCUGAUUUGGAUGUGUUUCACUCAGGGUUCCAAGCGUGUGCCAAAGAGGUCCUGCAGUACCUAAACAAGUCGGAGAACUGGAAUACAUGCGAGCAGCGGUGCGCGCAACUCAUCAGCCACUUACACAAAGUCUCAGCGCAGUUUCAGCCCGGUGCGCCACUACUCCAUCCCCAGCUACCUGCCAGAGACGCGGUCGACCGCGAUGGCCAAAAAGUGGACAGCCAAACCGGACAUGACCGCGUAUCGGUCAUACAGAGGAGCCAUGGAGAGCUUAACGAGAAUGACACAGACACAGACAGUGGAUACGGGGGUGAGGCGGAAAAGACUGAUGGGAAUAAAGGAUGUGACCGGAGCAAAGUGCAGGGGCCCAAGGCAGUAAAGAUAAAGCAGGAGUUCGGGGAUGACCGCGCUGCCAAAAAACCAAAGAUGAACUGGGCUGGAAACUGCACGACGAGCGCAGACGCGACCACCAGACCUGAUCUGGUCUUUAUGAAUUCGUUGAUGGGAAUAACUGGUUUGGGACAGCAGACUCCCUUUUGCAUGCCCUUUUACUUCAUCAAUCCCUCGGCGGCAGCGUCCUACAUGCCUCUAUUCGACAAAAGUAACCUAGAGAAGUUUGUGUACCCAGCUGCGGCAGCGGCGACGCUGUCAUCCCAGUUCCACUGGUUAUACCCCGGCCUCAACUCACAUGCGUCCGCAGCUGCGGCCGCAGUAGCCGGUGUUUUUUCCGGCAUAUCAACAGAGAAGAGCUCUGGAUUCGGUUCCGACUCCAAGGACUCUCCCUCCGACGACAGUGACAUGUCAAACGUGGCGGAGCCGGGCUCAUCUGAUGAGAGGGAGGACAAUCUUGAGAAUGAUGAAGAUGAUUAUUAUGAUGAUAAGGAAUUAGGGGAUGACUCCCCAGACAAUGAAAAUGACAGUACAUAAUAAAGAUUACAUUUCGAGAUUAUAUUUUCUUUCUUGUAAAAACGGGCUAAUUUAUCUGUGUAUAUCUUAAAUUGAUGUGCAUUCUGCAUUUUAAGCCUAUAUUGUUUACGAUUCUCCGACAGCUGUCUGUUUUUACCUUAUUUUCGUAAUUCGAUAGUUUUUUAUUGAUGUAGGAGUUUCGAGACAAGUUUCACAGUUGAAUUUCUCCUGUAUCUUGGCCAAGCAGGGGGAAGUUGUGACAGUGUGUGCCUUUUGCACUUAAUGCGAGAAUAAUCUGAAUGAAAAUCGACAAUGAUUGACACUAACAACCUGUACACAUCUGUUAUUACUAAAAUCAUAGGUUAUAUUGAGCUGGAGUUAACACAACCUUUAAAACUGCCAAUAUCAGUGCCAAAACAUCAAGACAAACAAUCUGCUUAUAAGCAAUAUUUCCCUCUGAUCCCCAAUCAGCUAGUGACUUUGUAUGUAUGGUGUUGCAACUGACCUCCGCCAAGGUCAACAUUGCAGGUUAACAUUGCUGACUCUGACUGUACAGUAUGACUAAUGGUGAUUGGUGUGGUUUGAUCCAUUUCCUUGUUUGUGCACUAAGUCAGCCUCUGUAUAAAGUUAUUGAGAAAGUUACUUAGGUACCUCAAACCGAGAUGUCCACCCUGGAUCAUAGAUAAGCACUAACUGGACAAAUUACUUACUUCAUAUUAUGUAACUCCCUCUCCAUGCCAACACAUUUGGAUUUCUUUAUUUAGUCUUUUGGAAUUUAAAGUAACCCCAUCAGAUACAUUUUGCUGACUGCUGAUUUUUUGCAUAAUAUUGAAAGGAAGCACUUCAUUGGAAGAUGCUGUUUUAUGACAAUUGACAAUUAUAUCCCUGAUUGGUUGGCAUCUCUGCACACAUAAUGAGACACCCCGUGACCUGUCGGCUAAACCUCCAGCAAAAUGAUACUAGGCAUGAACUUUGAUAUUGAAUGUAACUACCUUUGUUUUUCUUAGCUCUGGAAGUUUCAGAGAUAAAGUGCACUUGUUUCUGCCUUUGGAAAAUCCCCUCUGUUCCUUCCCGACACUCACUUUCCAACUAUUGUAGUCCAUCACUGUAUGUAUUUUUUAAAAUAUAUUUUUCUUGAAGAAAAUCACUAAACUAGAGGGCAGAAACUUUACUCCAGACUGUAUAGACUCUGUAUGUGUUUGAAGAACAAGAUACUAGGCUACUACAGAUAUUGAGGCUUUUUAGUGUUUUUGUGGAGAGCCCCUUUGAAUAAACAUUAUAAGCCACUAAUCAUAGCUCAUUUUGGGUUAUGUGUCUUAUUGUAUUUAUAAAGCUACAUGAAACAACUUAUACUCAGCCUCAGAAUGAAGAAUAAUCUCUAGUAUCACAUUCUAACACAUACACAAACUUACAUACAGGUUAGGUGUAUGUAGAUGGAGGUAACUUUGGACCGGUGACCAAAAGUUCUGAUAAAUGUCCUUUUAAAAUGUACAAUCCUUUUUUUUUCUUGAGAGAUUAAUUCCUGCAAUUGUGGCGUUUAUCAUGUUUGAGUUCCUUGUGUGAGUGACUAGAAUUGAUUUGCAUAUCCAAUAUUGUUUAUUUUUAGCUUCUGUUCAGCCGGUCUUGCCUCAAAUCUGCUAUGUUUUCAACUGUCAUUAAAAGUGGCGUGUGUGUAAAUAGAUUUGUGAAUAUACUAUGGAAUAUAUGUCCGAUGUCAAUGUUGUAGAAUAAAUCGAUGUGUAACAACAACAAAAACAUAUUUAACUGAGCAACUGUUGCACAUUUCAUUAAUGCUUUACACAUAUGUUGUUGUAAAUUAUUGCUGACAAGUUGUAAAAUAAAUAUCAGACCAAAAACUA